GGAGCCGCCGCCGCCGCCGCUGCCAGCGCCGCUGUGCCGGAGCCGAGGGGACCCGGGCCGCCGCCCCGCCGCGCCUCCUGCCCGCCGCCGGCUCCCUGUCCUGGGACUCACUCCAACAGCCUGUUGAAACAUGGUGGAUUACUAUGAAGUUCUAGGCGUGCAGAGACAUGCCUCAGCUGAGGAUAUUAAAAAGGCGUACCGGAAACUGGCCCUAAAGUGGCAUCCAGAUAAAAACCCUGAAAAUAAAGAAGAAGCAGAGAGGAAAUUCAAGCAAGUAGCUGAGGCGUAUGAGGUGUUAUCAGAUGCAAAAAAACGGGACAUCUAUGACAGAUACGGCAAAGAAGGACUAAAUGGUGGAGGUGGAGGUGGACUUCAUUUUGACACUCCAUUUGAGUUUGGCUUCACAUUCCGUAACCCAGAUGAUGUCUUCAGGGAAUUUUUUGGUGGAAGGGACCCGUUUUCCUUUGACUUCUUUGAAGACCCAUUUGAGGACUUCUUUGGGAGCCGAAGAGGCCCCCGUGGGAGCAGGAACCGAGGCACGGGGUCGUUCUUCUCCGCCUUCAGUGGAUUUCCGUCUUUUGGAGGAGGGUUUUCUUCUUUUGAUACAGGAUUUACUUCCUUCGCAUCGCCAGGUCACGGGGGCCUCACUUCGUUCUCUUCCACGACAUUUGGUGGUAGUGGGAUGGGCAACUUCAAAUCUAUAUCCACUUCUACUAAAAUGGUUAAUGGCAGAAAAAUCACUACAAAGAGAAUUGUGGAGAAUGGUGAAGAAAGAGUAGAAGUUGAAGAGAACGGCCAGUUAAAGUCCUUAACGAUAAAUGGUGUGGCGGACGAGCUCGCGUUCCUGGAGGAGUGCCAGCGCAGAGGCCAGAGUGCGCUGCCCUCCCAGCCCGCCGGCAGCAGCGGCCAGUCGCCGAGGGCACAGAGGCCGGCCUCCCUGCCCAAACCCGAGCCUCAUGACAUCGCUGAAGAGGAUGAGCCAGGCCGACAGCGAGCCACCCACAGCCUCUGGGACCCCUCACUGCUCUCUGCAGGGUUCAAAGAAGGUGGCAAGAGGAAGAAGCAGAAGCAGAGAGAGGAGUCCAAGAAGAAGAAGGCGACCAAAGGCAACCACUAGACGGACUCGCGGCCUCGCUGGCGCCCAGGCUGGCUCCGUGCGGCAGUGCGCACGCGUUAGGUAGCGGCACCUGCUUGGCCACUGUCCCAAGACCACACCUUCUCUGCACGGGGACGCUGGUGAUGAUCAGUCAGCGUAGGGACGGCAGGAGAUGGGAGCGAUGGCUGUGGGUGGUGGUGGCACGGGCGUGGAGCCUGCCUGGAUUGUCCCUGCUUGUCUCCGCACUAAAUCCGAUAGUAUCUCCUCAGGAGUGGUUAAGAACCCGGCUCCUUUUCAACUCUUCAACCACGACACCAGCUCCUGAGGCGCGUAGAGCUUUAGAGCUGCGACGGGUGCAGGCAGAUAAGCGAGUGUGUGUUCACGGAAUGACUUGUGGCGGUAGAGUUCCUGGAGCUAGCACUGGUGAAGGGCAGGGUGACGGGGCGGGGAUCGCACUGGCAUGUCAGGGCGCAGCUGCCAGGUGCUCGUCCUUCACGCCCAGGGGCGGGGGGAUGGGGGUUAGGCUUCGAAGCAGCUCUGCACAGGGCCCUGGCCAUACCCGUGGGGUCCCUGCGGGUGAAUCACUUAGAUAUAAAGUCAUUCCUUAUAUUUAUCGUGGUUUUAAUCUCUAGCCCAAACUUGACUUCAAAUAUGCUUUGAUUUUUGCUGAACCCCAUCUUCUUUCUUUGGACCCAUAGUUCAUCUUAGUGUCUGCACAGGAGCCUACAGAAUUUUGUUGGGUUGUGCGUCUCGGCGCCUGGCUGGGUGGUGCUGGGGAAGGCCAGGCGAGGUUCUUAGGGCCACGCGCCCUCUCACGGUGAGACGUGAACCAGGAAGGGGAACGAAAUGCUUCAGUCUGUCAACAUUGACACCUUUGCAAACAUCGGUUUUUUUAAACGAUUUUUUUUUAUCCUCCCCUGCUCCCCCUGCCUCCCUGCCCCCUGCCCAGCAAGACUCUGUGCGGUUUUCGUGCUUAUGCCUCUGCAUGAUCAGCUGCUGCUCAACCCCUUCUACUGACUAGAUCCCGAGCUGCCUCAACCCUCCUGCACGCGCCCUGCCUGGGCCGCUUCCGCAGCACGUGGGCCUGCUCACGCCACUUGGCUUAGGGGCCCUGGGGCAGAGCUUGCACGGGAUCCAGGGGUGCUGGUGACUUGGGUCUGGUGGUGUCUAGCCCGCCCAGCCCCCUGUGGCCGUGUCACGGGCUUGUGAGCCAGAGAUGAGUGCAGCCUUCGUGGUCUUCAGGUGACUGUUACAGGGAAGUUUGCUUUGCUUGGCUUUGGUGGGGUGGCGGUGUGGACUGCUGUGGACUGCUUACCGUGGGACACGUGCCCUGGAAGGUGUGAUGUAUUUUAAGUGUUACAUAAAUAAAAUGUCAACGCAACAUGG